AUGGUGACCAGCCUUAGUGCCACUCACACAGGGGCAGCUGUAGCAGCUGGCAUCUUCUUCAUCAGUCUGAGUGGGCAGGUGAUGAAGGUGAAGUCAGAGGCAGCUCCUCCUGCUUGGUAUGGAGAGCAAGAUAACCUCUGGCUCCUGGCGCCGCAGGGACCAGGGCAUGAAUCCCUCAACAGACAGCAACGUAACUUCCACCUCCUGGCGCCACAGGGACCAUGGAACGACUCUCUCUGCAGACAGCAAGAUAACUUCCGGCACCUGGCGCUGCAGGGACCAUGGCAAGACUCCCUCUGCGGACAGAGCUGGUCUGCAUACGAGAAGGGCUGUGGGCUGAUCGAGGCAGCUCAGAAGGGACAACUGGAUCAACUACGAACACUGCUCGCAGCGGGUGCGGACCUUAGGGUGACGGACAGGCAGAAGAGGACUGCUUUGCACUGGGCAGCAGGCAGGGGUCACCUCAAGAUGGUGAAAUGUCUGCUGGACGGUGGGGCGCAGCCGGACGCCACAGACAGGUGGAAAAACGUGGCUCUGCACUGGGCUGCACGGGAGAGCCACGCAACUGUUGUGCGGCUUCUGCUGGCGUCCUCACCUGACCCCAAUGUGAGAGGGGAGGACAGGUGGACAGCAUUGCACUGGGCGGCGGAAAAUGGUUGCACCAGGGUGGCGACUGUGCUGCUAGAUGCAGGGGCAGACAGGGAACUCAGGGAUGACGAUGGGGACACGCCUCUGCACUGCGCUGCGUGGAAUGGCCACACAGCCGUGGUGCGACUGCUGACUGCGUCUGCCCCCCACCCAAAUGUGAGGGGUCAGUACGGAUGGACACCACUGCACUGUGCAGCAGCAAAUGGCCGUGCACAGGUGGCGACUGUGCUGCUGCAGGCAGGAGCAGAUGUAAAAGUGAAGGACGAGGACAAGAGGACUGCAAUGCACUGGGCAGCAGGCAGGGGACACCUCAGAGUGGUGAGGUGUCUGCUAAAAGGUGGGGCACGGUUGGACGCCACGGACAGGUGGAAGACUGUACCUCUGCACUGGGCUGCGCGGAAGAGCCGCGUGGCUGUCGUGCGGCUGCUCUUGGCGUCUUCACCUCACCCCAACGUGAGGGGGCAGCGCGGGUGGACGCCACUGCACUGGGCGGCAGUAUAUGGUCGCUCAAAGGUGGCGGCUGUGCUGCUCGAGGCAGGGGCAGACAGUGAGCUCAGGGAUAACAGAGGGUACACACCUCUGCACUUGGCUGCACAGAAGGGCAAGGUCGGUGUACUGCAGCGGCUGCUGGCGUCCUCCUCUCAGCCCAAUGUGGUGGGGUGGCACGGGGCGACGCCACUGCACUGGGCAGCAGCAAAAGGCUAUGCGGAGGUGGCUGCUGUGCUGCUCGAGGCAGGGGCAGACAAGUCGCUCAGGACUGACAAUGGGAAAACGCCCCUGGACAUCGCUAAACGGAUCUUAUCCACAGAUGAGAAGCAGAAGCUGGGACUGCGUCUGGCAGAGGCAGCAACACGUGGAAGUGUGUUGGAGGUACGGCAGCUGCUGGCCAUGGGUGCACCACCUGAUGGGAGGAGCGCUCACUGGAAUACUGCACUGCACUGUGCAGUACUAAAGAAGCAAGUGGAAGUUGUCAAGUGCCUUCUCGAUGCUGGAGCCGACGUCAAAGCCACCGACUCGUGUCUGCAGACACCUCUGCACAGCGCCGCAUGGCUAUUUGACCUGAAGGUUAUGUGUAUGCUCAUAGCGGCUUCAGCACCUCUAGAUGCUACGGAUCGUUGGGGGAAGACACCGCUCCACUGGGCUGCAGAAUCGAAUGUACAAGCUGUGAAGGCACUGCUGAUGGCUGGUGCUAGGACGGACAUAAAGAAUUACAGAGGGAAGAUACCUGCAAGUGUAGCAAUCGCAGCAACAAAACCAAUGUUUAACUAA